ACAGUCGUAUCUCUCAGGGGUCAUUAGGAUUCACACGUGCCUUUCUCGUUGAAGCUACCUUCGGAAAAUUUCUUUCUUCAGUACGGCAGUUUGUUAGUGCAGCAAUGUCGAAGCCCCGGGUUUUCUUUGAUAUGAGCAUUGGUGGAGAGCCUGCCGGACGUAUUGUGUUUGAGCUCAGAGCCGAUGUAGUUCCGAAAACUGCAGAGAACUUCCGUGCAUUGUGUACUGGAGAGAAAGGGUUUGGCUUUCAGGGAAGUAAAUUCCAUCGUAUUAUUCCAGGAUUCAUGUGCCAGGGUGGAGAUUUCACCAGAGGAAAUGGAACUGGUGGCAAGUCCAUUUACGGUGAAAAAUUUGCAGAUGAAAAUUUUGCACUGAAACACACUGGUGCAGGAACUCUCUCCAUGGCAAAUGCUGGUCCAAACACAAAUGGAUCUCAGUUCUUCAUUUGCACUGCAGUAACCUCACACUUGGAUGGGAAGCAUGUGGUGUUUGGAAGUGUGGUGGAGGGAAUGGAUGUCGUAAGGAAAAUGGAGAGUGUUGGUUCCCGUUCGGGUCAAACUAGUAAACCAGUGGUCAUUAACAGUUGUGGUCAGCUGUGAUGCAAAUUCUCUACUUUGCACUAGAACUGUGAAACUGUAGUUUGUUAGAAAUAAACUCUUGUGUUCAUUUGUA